CCCCCUCAACCUCCACUUCCACAUUCCCAAACAGGGGAAGGGGAACGCGGUUUCCCCCCAACAGGGGGACCACAAGGGGCGCACAUCAGCCCAGAGGAAGGGGGCAGCACAGAGGACCGUAUCGAGGGCGGCGGGGCACACAAGGGCGCCGCGGCUCCCAAGCACAAUAGUCCCCACCAACCUCAACGCCCAAAGGGGAUGGCGAUACUACAGGCCAACCUACACCACGCUAUCGCAGCCUCUGCGGUCAUAGAAAAGAUCUUCAGCGAAGGUGGCCUGGACAUCGCCCUCAUUCAAGAACCAUGGAUAAACGCCGACUCCAUGGUAGCCGGUCUGAACAACGCUGAACUUUGCAGCGAAGAUACUGUCACCGCGUACGUAGAAGUCAAAGGGCCGAACAGGUCCAAAGUACUCUUCUGCUCGGCAUAUCUUCCUGGAGAUAAGCAAGAUCCCACUGAAGAACUGACUAACGUCCUGGAAUACUCUAGAAGACAAAAGUCGGAACUGAUAGUGGGAUGCGAUGCUAACGCCCACCAUACCAUCUGGGGAAGCUCGGAUACCAACAUGAGAGGUGAGUUACUAUCCGAUUUUCUUCUAUCUAACUGUCUACAGGUGCUGAACAAUGGCCACACGCCAACAUUCGUAACAAAAACCAGACAGGAAGUAAUAGAUAUAACAUUCGCAACAGAAAAUGUGUCAAAAUGUAUAACAAAAUGGCACGUCAGCAGCGAUGCAAACAAUCACUCAAUAAAAGAUCGCAAGUAA